CCAGCCGGAGCUGGGACAAGCCUCCUCUCCAGCUCCACAGUCUCCAGGCGGAGGAAGAACCGAUGCUGGAACGUCGCUGUCGGGGCCCCCUGGCCACGGGCCCGACCCAGCCCCAACUUCUUUCUGGGCCCUCCCAGGAGUCGCCCCAGACCCUGGAGAAGGAGCCCCACGGGCUGAGGUUACAAGGCAUUUCCGUGGCCCAAUCCGGCAGCCAAGCUCCAGGUCGGGUCCAUCGCUGUGCCCACUGUCGAAGGCGCUUCCCGGGCUGGGUGGCCCUGUGGCUUCACGCCCGACACUGUCAGGCCCGUCUGCCCCUGCCCUGCCUUGAAUGUGGUCGCCGCUUCCGACACGCCCCCUUCUUGGCACUGCACUGCCAGGUCCAUGCUGCUGCCACCCCAGACCUGGGCUUUGCCUGCCAUCUCUGCAGGCAGAGCUUCCGAGGCUGGGUGGCUCUGGUCGUGCACCUGCGCGCCCAUUCCGCUGCGAAACGGCCCAUCGCCUGCCCUGAAUGUGAGAGACGCUUCUGGCGACAAAAGCAGCUUCGAGUGCAUUUGCAGCAGUGCCAUCCUCCUGCCCCCGAGGCCCGGCCCUUCAUAUGUGGCAACUGUGGCCGCAGCUUUGCCCAGUGGGACCAGCUAGUUACUCACAAGCGGGUUCACGUCGCCGGGCCCCUGGAAGAGGCAGCAGCGGUCAAGGCUCUCGGGCCUCGGCCCAGGGGCCGCCCAGCGGUGAGAGCCCCCCGGCCAGGUGGAGAUGCUGUUGACCGGCCCUUUCAGUGUGCCUGCUGUGGCAAGCGCUUCCGGCACAAACCCAACCUGAUCGCCCACCGCCGUGUGCACACCGGUGAGCGGCCCCACCAGUGCCCUGAGUGCGGGAAGCGCUUCACCAAUAAGCCCUACCUGACCUCACACCGGCGCAUCCAUACUGGUGAGAAACCCUACCCGUGCACCGAGUGCGGACGCCGCUUCCGCCACAAACCCAACCUUCUGUCUCACAGCAAGAUUCACAAGCGAUCCGAAGGGUCUGCCCAGGGCACCCCCAGCUCAGGGAGCCCCCAGCUUCCAGCCGGACCCCCGGAGUCCUCAGCAGAGCCCACCCCAGAGGCCCUCCUGAGGCCUGCCCAGGAGCCUGCCCUGGAGCCUCUGCUGGAGGCCCCAGGAGAGGCCCCCCGGGACCUGGUGGAAGCCCCCCCAUCUCUCUACAGCUGCGAUGACUGUGGCAGGAGCUUCCGGCUGGAGCGCUCCCUGCGGGCCCACCAGCGGCAGCACACAGGGGAGCGGCCCUUUAGCUGCACCGAGUGUGGGAAGAACUUUGGCAUGAAGGCCCACCUGGUGGCCCACUCCCGGGUCCACUCAGGGGAGCGGCCCUUUGCCUGCGAGGUGUGCGGGCGCCGCUUCUCCCAAGGCAGCCACCUGGCAACCCACCGGCGUGACCAUGCCCCCGAGCGGCCCUUCGUCUGCCCGGACUGUGGCAAGACUUUCCGCCACAAGCCCUACCUGGCCGCUCACCGGCGCAUCCACACCGGUGAGAAGCCGUACGUCUGCCCCGACUGCGGCAAAGCCUUCAGCCAGAAGUCCAACUUGGUGUCCCAUCGGCGCAUCCACACGGGCGAGCGCCCCUAUGCCUGCCCCGACUGUGACCGGAGCUUCAGCCAGAAGUCCAACCUUAUCACCCACCGCAAGAGCCACAUCCGGGACGGCGCCUUCUGCUGCGCCAUCUGUGGCCAGACCUUUGACAACGAGGAGAAGCUCCUGGCCCAUCAGAAGAAGCAUGAUGUCUGAGGGCAGGGGCUGUGGCAGCUGAGGCAGGGAGGGCCUGAGCGUCUUUGACACGGAGCGCUGCCGUGGGCCAUGGGGCCUGUGCUGCUGCUGGUGAGGGGUGAGCUGGGCCCUGUUAGCGCAGGAGGUCACCCCCACCCCAGCCCAGGAAACCCACUUGCAGAGCACAGGGACCCUGGCCUCCAGCUGGUGUUUUUGCUAAGGUUCCGUCCUCACUGUCCUGUGCCCUGGAAAAGUAGCAAUAGCAGCUCUACCCACCCCUUAGAGCCCUCAGGCUGGAGGGACCACCAGUGGACAGGAAGACCCUUCUCCACUGGUGUGAACGCCUUAAUGUCCCUGACUUUUAUUAUGAAUUCCUUCAGCUCAUUGUUUUUUUUGGAAGUACUUGUAGGUAUGGUACAGUUCUUAGUAACUGAGCGCUCGGGAGGAAGAGUGGACCAGCUGGAUACGCCCGGGAGAACCUGCCGGCCUUGUUAGGCAGGACCAGGACGUGAGGUGAAGCCGAGCUGCUCUGACCUGUCGCCCCACCCUGUCCCUCCCUCCUGCCCCUGCACUGGCAUUCAGACUUAGAGAGACCUGGCUGCUGUUGGUCUCAGCCCCCCCCCCCUAAAGAUGAGCUCCUGGACAUUUCCCCACCUUUCUGACUGGCUUCAUCUGCCAUCCUCUCCACAUGGAGGGCAUCCUCUGGCUGUCAGCAGCCCUGUGUCCAGGCUUUUGUCUGUGAACACCCCAACCUGCUUGCACUCCUUCCAGAACCCCACAUGUGAACAGAACUGCCCCACUGAUAACAGGGUCGGCUGACGGGAAGAUAGGGGUGUUUCCUUUUCAACAUUUCUAGCAUCUGGAUGCCCAGCCUCCGCUUGAACACUUAGGUGACACUUAGGUGACACUUAGGUGACAGGGAGUCCCCACUUCCUGAGGCCCUGGUUCUAUUGUAGGAUAAUUCUAAUGGUUAGAGGUUCCUCCUUAUAAUGAGUGAAAUCUGCUUUCCUGUAAUUUCUACCUACUGGGCCUUGUUCUGUUCUCUGGAACUAAACAACCUCGUCCCCUCCUUUUCAAACUAGAGAAUAAAGAUUUGGUUUUAGAA